GUUGAACAAUCUGUUUCGACUGGUGAUAGCAAUUGAUUGAUUCCAUACGACUUGAAAAGAAGCAUGCCGCAUACAAAGGAUACAGUCGCAAACUUUCGUAACAUCAACGAGAAUAAAAUGCUGACAUUGGAUAGUGAUGCGGCUGGACAUUCAUCUUCUCUAGCUCCGACCACGACUCGACCGUCGGAAAAGAAGCGUGGACGUCGUGCCAAGGUUGAGCAUCAUUUUCCUGUGCCACCAACUAUAAUCCAGGUGGUCAAAAAGCCUCGAACCUUCACAAAUCAUUCUUACCGUGACUUUUCGAACGUUCCAGUGGAAGGAAAUGAAUCUAAGAAACCGCCUAGCAUUGAUGAUAUGUGCUUUGCAGAAAAAGUUCACGAUAUACUGUCUCAACAAGAGUACAACAAUUACAUUUCUUGGAUGCCUCACGGCCGCGCUUUUCGAGUCACCGUGCCUGCCGCCUUUGAAAAAGAAAUAUGUGAAACGUAUUUUGGACAUAAGCGCUACUCAAGUUUUUUGAGGGAACUGUCAAAUCAUGGGUUUAAGCACAUCAGUCAAGGCUCCGAUCGCAACUGCUACUACCAUGAGUUUAUGUUGCGUGGUCUCCCUCACCUUUGUAAGUACAUGCCGAAGUCCAAGGACGCUCGGCGCUUAAUUGCUGACCCGGAGAAUGAGCCGAACUUCUACGUAGUUACAAAAAACUUCCCUCUUCCUGACGACCCAGCAUUUGGCCAUGACGUUGCGGAAACGGAAUUGGAAGCCAAACAGCACUCCCUCGCAAAGCGACGGCUGUAUGCUGACAAAAUGGACCCGUAUGCAAUGGUGCCGGUUAAGAGAUAUGCUUUGGAUCCGUCUUAUCACUUUGGUCCUUCAGCUACGAGAUUGACUACCAGUCUGAGUGCUUCAACUGGGUAUACCAAUCCGGUUCCUUUACCUUCAACUGCUCCCUAUGCUGGGUUCGAUACUGAUUGCACUGAUGCCAAGAACGCGAUGUUGAAUGCGGCUUUUUUUCAAGCGCAAACGUAUUCUCUAGCAGCCGAGGGGCGAAUCGUUCCGGGUUGUUGCGAUCCGGCUGCAGCACUGGCGGUUUUGAUAGGAUCCGAUAAAACGUUGGACAAUAAACCUGACCUUUCUUGA